AUGGAGGCCAGGCUGCCGAGCACCGUCAUGGGUCUCCUGUGGUUCCCACUACAGGCAGAGUUUACUGAGGUGGACUUAGCCAAGCCCAGAAGCAGGGAGCCCAGGACAGCUGGGCUGCUUAUAGCCAGGCACAGCUCCAGCUCUGCUCUCUGGAUUGCAGGAUUUUGGGGGGAAGUCGGUGUGGCCUCCAACAAAAACCUGGGGCUGAAGGUCUCAAGGAGAGUGGAGGGCUUGUUCCUCACCGUCAGCAGCAGGAACGUAUUUGUGAAGGCUGUGUGUAACAGUUCGGGAAGCUGUGAGAUGGAAAAAGUAGUGGGAUCAGAAAAAGACACACGGGGUGGUGGGGAUUUGCUGGUAAGUGUACCUGGCCACAGGGAGAUGCACGUGUUGGAUACAGAGUAUGAACAUUAUGCCAUCCUGAGGAUGUUCCAGAGCUGGCAGGGCAGGGACUCCCACGUGCUCAAGCACUUCAGUCACUCGGGCUGGGUGGGGGCUCUGCCCUGCUGCUGCCAGAAGCUGACUGUGGACAUAGGCUUUUACCUGAUGGCCCGGCAUGGGGAAUGUGCUGAGCUCCUGAAGGAGAGCUCCAGCUGA